AUGACUGACUGUAUCGACCAGCUGCAGCCUGUAACUGGUGAUUUUGGGCUUACUUUAACGGAUCGCGAAUUCGUGCUUUGCCUGUUAAACUCACCAAGUCUGUCACUCACGUCUACAGAGUCCAGACAGACAUCAGCUUGUGGUGAAUACUUUAGCUCUGAGCCCCAGCCCGCCAAGGUUGAAACUCCGACAAAUCCGAAAACUCCAACUAAGAAGCGUAAUCAUUUGCCCCAGAUCAGCUUUGGGGAUUACGCUCGUGAUCUUGAACCCAACCAGGAAUUAUCAAGUGGGAAUAACCAUAGCCUGUCUCCGGAUUCCAUCUCCGAAUCAAGUCCGUUGCCAUUUCAGGUUUUUGACUUGUUAGAGGUGCCCUUGUCUCCAAAGUCCAAUCUUUCACUUCCAAGUCCUGCAACCCCACCCACCUCUUCUGUCUAUUACAGUGAAGAAACCGAUAGCUGUCGUGCCGAGUCUCCCACCCCCGGAGGUCAAGGUCACUUGGCUGCAUCUCUAAGAGCAAGACGCCAAGGUCGCCUGUUUGCCCUUUCAUACGAACAGCUCAUCGACAGCUCCUCGUUCCACCUGGAUCAGGAUAAUAUCGUUCCGAGAUUGAUUCAACCCUUAGACAGUUGGGACAAUCGUCGACCUCUGUGGGAAAACAACACCCCGAUUCACAUUCGAAGCAGUGACAUCGAGGGGCAUAUUUCCUCUCCAUCCAUACCUACCAUCUCCAUCUCCAACUCUACCAGUCCUCCGCUGAAGUCUCACCCAGCUUCAAAAUCCACUGAAGAUCAUUCUCAGCCUCGAAAAAGAUUUGCCAGCAAGUUCAAGAAUCGCCUGUCUACAAUUUUCGGUGAUCGUCCUAAGGUGGCCCCCCAAAGCCGUCGUUCAUCAUCUGCGUUCUGUUUCUUGUGA